AUGUCAAAAUAUUUGGAACUGGAACUAAACUUAUUGUUUCAAGUGUUUGGCUCCAGUUCAAAACUCAUUGUGUCAGACAAAGGAAAUUCUCCACCAGCAAACUACGAAAUCCUGCAGAAGACACAUGAAGAUCAGAUAAUAUACGUUUGCCUUAUUGAGAAAUUCUACCCAGAAGUUAUUCGGGUGACAUGGACCGAUGGAGAACAAGAGGUAACAGACAACGUAGUCAAAGGAAACACUUGGAAGCCCACAGCAGAGGAUGAAUACUCCAUCGGCAGCUGGUUAACGGUACCGGCGGAGAACAGAGACAAGACCUAUUACUGCAAAUACGAGCACGAGAGCCAGGGGCGUUCACUGCCGACACGAG